AUGUCGAUGUCAGAACCACCCUCGAAGCGGCAAAGAACAGACGACGAGGACCGGCGCUCCAUGGUUAUUCGCUCGAAAGACUUCUGGUUCGACGACGGAAACGUUGUCUUGCACGUUCAGUCCAUGCAAUUCCGCCUGAGCAAAUCGGUCCUCGCAAUGCAUUCGCCCGUCUUUCGCGAUAUGUUCUCUCUCCCAUUACCUCUAGAAGAGCCUUUGGUUGAGCGAUGCCCUGUCGUGGUCUUGUUUGGGGAUACGAGUGAGGACUGGGAGUAUCUCCUCCGGGCGAUUUUUCCCAAAGAGCUGACUCAAAACUACUCCACUUUGUGCAGGUGGUUCCACGAUGGCGGCGCGGACAGCGCCCCAUCUGUGCCCGAGCUGCGCGCGGUCCUGCGUCUCAGCAAGAAAUACGACAUCGCCGGUUUCCGAAAGCGCUGCGUGAAGGUGCUCAAGGACGUCUUUCCGAGCAGUUUUGCGCAAUACGAUGACGAUCGUUGUCCGUGUUUAGGCUCAGGCGCCAUAUCCCUCCCAGCCCACACCGAUGAGACUGAAUUCAAUGUUCAAAUCAUCAACCUUGCACGCGAAGUCGGGCUCUAUUCCAUCCUCCCCCUUGCAUUCUAUGGCCUUAUCCAUGCGCAGGCGGGAGAACCAGACGUAUGUGAUAUCCUGGUUUCCUUCCUCCUCUCGAUACUCUACAGGACUUAG